AUGUCGCUAAGGCCAAACGCCAGAAAUGAGGCUCGACGGAACAGCUAUAAGGUAGUUGUGGACGCCGAAGAAGGUCGCCGGAAAAGAGAAGACGGCAUGAUCGAGAUCCGUAAGAACAGUAGAGAAGAAAACUUGUUGAAGAAGCGCCGGAAUGUUGUUGUUCCUGAGGAUGAUUAUGAUUAUGAUCAGGCAUUAGUACUCAACUUUGCUCCACCCGAGAAGAAGAAUCAUCAGCAAAAAGAAAAUCUUCAGGAUUUGCUGAAAUGGAUUUCUUCAAACGACAUCAGCUUACAACUGGAAGCUACAACCGGAUUUCGGAAACUCUUAUCAAUCGAACGCGAUCCGCCAGUUGAUGAAGUUAUCGAGUCGGGAGUUGUUCCCUGGUUGGUUAAGUUUCUUACCAGAGAUGAUCAUCCCGAGCUUCAGUUCCAGGCAGCUUCGGCUCUUACAAAUAUCGCAUCAGGAACUACUGAUCAAACGAGGGCUUUAAUCGACUAUGGCGCUGUUCCGAUCUUUGUUAAACUCCUGAUUAGUUCUCCGGUUGACAAUGUUCGUGAACUGGCGGUUUGGGCAUUAGGUAAUGUUGCAGAGGAUUGUUCACGAUUCCGCGAUUUCGUAAAGGGUAACUCCGAGCCUGAUUUCGGGCAGAUAAAACCUGUCCUGCCCGUUUUGGCUCGUCUUAUACAUUCCGAUGAUGAAGAAGUUUCGACAGAUGCGUGUCGCGCGCUUUCGUAUCUCUCUGCCGGUUCUAAUGACAAAAUCCAAGCGGUCAUUGACGCCGGCGUUUGCCCCCGUCUUGUUGAACUUCUCCUUCAGCAGCAGCAUCCUUCCUCCUCUGUUCUGAUUCCGGCAUUGCGUGCCGUUGGUAACAUUGUUACGGGCAAUAAUAGGCAGACCCAGGUGAUCAUUGAUAAAAAACAGGCUCUUUCUUGUCUCCUGAUGUUUUUGACUCAAGGUUAUCCAAAGAAGAUUGAAAAAGAAGCCUGUUGGAUUAUCUCAAACAUCACUGCUGGAACAGAGGAGCAGAUUCAGACGGUGAUUGAAGCCGGAAUUAUCAGUCCUCUUGUUCAAAUGUUGUUGAAUUCCGAGUUUAAGAUAAAGAAAGAGGCUGCUUAUGCGAUUUCCAAUGCUACUUGUGGCGGAAAUAAUGAACAGAUUAAGUUCCUGGUGAGCCAGGGUUGUGUAAAGCCAUUGUGUGAUCUUCUUGCAAUCUGUCCUGAUCCAGGAACAUUGUUUGUGUGCUUGGAAGCUUUGGAGAACAUUUUGAAGGUUGGAGAAGCCGAGAAAUAUAUCGGCAACGCGGACAAUGUAAAUGCUUUUGCUCAGAUGAUUUAUGAAGUUGGAGGUUUGGAUAAGAUUGAAAACCUCCAAAACCAUGACAACAGCCAAAUCUAUGAAAAGGCUGUCAAGAUUCUUGAUACGUAUUACAUAGAGGAUGAUGAUGAUCAGCUGCCUUAUGGUGGUGACCCGUCGUCGCCGCCAAGAUUUGGGUUUAUGGGUGGCCAGGUUUCUGUUCCAUCUGAAGGAUUUAACUUUGGAUCAUGA